AUGGAAAAGUACCGAGACCAUCCUAACUGGUACUAUGCCGCAGAGCAGGUCCGGCAUUUCGUGGACCAAUGCAGGGCUUGCCAGAACCCUGAGGCGAUAUUUAGAGAAGCGUUCGACAUGUUUUUCAGGCAGGGUAAUGUGGAAGCAUUGUCUGGGAUGCGCGUUGCAGCCACGGCAGGCCAUAUGGAAGCGUCAUAUCUAGUUGGACUACUUGGCAUGUCCGGAAUUGGUCAGUCAAAAGAGGAUGCAUUGGAAUUCUUGUGUUCUUUGAAUCAACGUAACAACAUUGAUAUGAAAGGAACCAGGGAUGCUUUGAGACGACGAUUAAGCGGAAUUUUCUCUGUUGGAAGACAUAUCGUAGAUAUGUUUCACUAUGGGAAGAUUAAGUUCAAUCAGUGCAGCGCUUGUAACAACAACGACUGGUGUUUUGUUAUUCCAGGCUGGCCUAGUGAAGAAAAGAUCAAUCCUGCCUUCUGGACUUGUUGCAAUCGAUGCAAAUGGCACCGUGAGAGUGUUUUUUGGUUCAAGGUGAUGCGUGUCUAUGUUGUGCCAGGGAAUCCAUACCCUUAUAAUUAG